UGCUGAAGUGACUACAGCCAAGGAAUGGCAAGGUUUUUCAUUCACCUGACUUUGAGGACCCUCUCUCUCAUCCUCAUAGGUACUUUGCUUUCAUUUUUCCUUUGGAAAACUGACUCCAACAAGCAGUCGUUGCCUGAUCUCAGAAUCCCACAGCAGUUUUUUACUGACCUGCCUGGCUGCUCGGCUAUUAUCAGUGGAGACAUUACCGGCAAGAAAAAACAAUUAGAAGUGCUUUUGGGAUCCAGGAAAAGACAUAAAGUACUAACUGAGGACUUCUACCUUAACGUGACAAAGGACUGUCCAGCUUACCUUAAGAGAGGUUUCAUUACAUCACCCUUCAGUGAAGAAGAAAAGGAUUUUCCCAUUGCCUACUCAAUGGUUAUUCAUGAAAAGAUUGAGAUGUUUGAGCGUCUUCUAAGAGCUAUUUACACUCCUCAGAAUAUCUACUGUGUGCAUGUGGAUCAGAAAUCCUCUGAAGAUUUUCUGAAGGGAGUGAAGGCAAUUGUUUCCUGCCUUCCUAAUGUGUUUCUAGCCAGUAGGUUAGAACGUGUGGUUUAUGCCUCAUGGUCCCGAGUGCAGGCGGAUUUGAACUGCAUGAAAGAUCUGCUGAACUCACACGUCCAGUGGAGGUACAUGCUAAACACCUGCGGGAGCGACUUUCCCAUCAAAACCAACAGGGAAAUGGUUCAGGUCCUAAAAGCCUUAAACGGGAGAAACAGCAUGGAGACAGAGGCCACCAAUAACUACAAGAAAGCUCGCUGGCAGUAUCAUCACAAUGUUAGUGGCACUGUAGUAAGGACUGAUGUGAAGAAAAGUCCCCCACCUAUUAGCAGCCCUAUGUUCAUGGGAAAUGCCUACUUUGUGGUCACGAGAGCCUUUGUGAAGCAUUUGAUGCAGGACAGAGAGGCUCAGAAGUUAUUGGAGUGGGAGAGGGACACUUACAGCCCCGAUGAGAGCCUGUGGGCGACCCUGCAGAGGAUGCCCUCCGUUCCAGGAUCGAUCCCUGCCAACAUCAAGUAUGAUGAGUCAGACAUGCAAGCCAUCGCUCGCGUGGUGAAGUGGGGCUAUCAUGCAGGCAGUAUAAAAGAUGGAGCCCCGUACGAUCAUUGCACCGGUGCUUACAGAAGAUCAGUGUGUGUGUACGGCGCUGGAGACCUCGCCUGGCUCCUUCAACAACAUCACCUCUUUGCAAAUAAGUUUGAUCCUGAGGUUGAUGACAUCGCCAUUAGGUGUCUGGAGUCAGUUCUGCGGUUUAAGAUGUUAGGACAUGACAUGGUAACAGAUCACUUCUAACAAUUUGUAAGGCUUAAUCAGCUAAAAUGUAUAAUAUUUUAACAGUUUAUAUUUAAUACAGAUCAUUACGUUAUACGUUUAUUUUUAUAUUGCCAUUAUUUAACUGAAAUCUCUUGAUUCAUUCUCUAUUAAUUAUCUUCAAGAUACUAUCUGUCUUGUCAUGUUUUUUAUGAAUGUGGCUGUUAUUGUCAGUAGGCUAUAUUGAAAUGAUGAUAAACUCCAACUUCAAUGAAAUCGAUAUUUGUGGUGCCAUCUAGUGGAGUCUAAGUGGAUGAGAUAAAGAAGGUAAAAACAGUAUACAGUAGUAUCUAAAGCAAACCAAUUGAAUUGAUUGAAGUAAUGUGAAUAUAAUUUGUUUUCAAACAUA